CCCCUCCUCCACACCUCCCGUACCAGUCCCCCUCAUGGCCGCGCUUACACCUCGCUGGUUCCCGCCAUUAGCACACACCUCAGCCAUCUCUCCCUCACACAGCACCGCAGCCCUUUGCUUCCUGUAGUAGGGCUCCGCCCCUUUCCCCGCCCUCAGAUUCUCUCUCUCCCUCCCUCCUUGGAUGACGCAGAAACUUUCUAGAAAUCCUUCCCAUAGCCCUUUGCGUUUCCAACAUGGAGGACCUGACGGUGGAAGUGCGCGGCUCUAACGGAGCUUUCUACAAGGGAUUCAUCAAAGAUGUCCAUGAAGAUUCGCUCACAGUUGUUUUUGAAAACAACUGGCAGCCGGAACGUCAGGUUCCUUUCCAUGAAGUUAGGAUGCCACCCCUACCUGAUAUCAAGAAGGAAAUAACUGAAGGGGAUGAGGUGGAAGUUUACUCAAGAGCCAAUGACCAAGAGCCUUGUGGAUGGUGGCUUGCAAAAGUGCGAAUGAUGAAAGGAGAGUUUUACGUUAUUGAAUAUGCUGCUUGUGACGCUACCUACAAUGAAAUAGUGACGUUUGAGCGGCUUCGACCUGUCAAUCAGAACAGGCCAGUGACAAAGAAUUCUUUCUUUAAAUGCAUGGUGGAUGUUCCAGAAGACCUGAGGGAAGCGUGUGCCAGUGAAAGUGUGCAUAAAGAAUUCAAGAAAGCCGUAGGAGCAUGUAGAGUGUAUUUUAGCUCAGAAAGUAAUCAAUUAAUUAUACUGUCUGCAAGUGAAGCAACAGUGAAGCGGGUAAAUAUACUGAGUGACAUGCACUUAAGAAGUAUUCGCACAAAGCUGAUGCUUAUGUCAAGGAAUGAAGAAGCCACCAAACAUUUAGAAUGUACAAAACAGCUUGCCGCAGCAUUUCAUGAGGAAUUUGUUGUUAGAGAAGAUUUAAUGGGGCUCGCAAUAGGUACUCAUGGAAACAACAUCCAGCAAGCCAGGAAAGUUCCUGGUAUUACAGCUAUUGAAUUAGAAGAAGACAGUGGAACCUUUCGAAUCUAUGGAGAGAGUGCUGAAGCAGUCAAAAAAGCACGAAGUUACUUGGAGUUUGUUGAAGAUUUUAUUCAGGUGCCCAGAAAUCUAGUUGGGAAAGUUAUUGGUAAAAAUGGAAAAGUCAUUCAAGAGAUUGUGGAUAAAUCUGGCGUUGUAAGAGUGAGAAUUGAGGGAGAUAAUGAAACGAAGUUACCCCGUGAAGAUGGUAUGGUUCCAUUUGUUUUUGUUGGAACGAAGGAAAGCAUUGGAAAUGUCCAGGUUCUUCUAGAAUAUCACAUUGCAUACCUAAAAGAGGUAGAGCAGUUAAGACUCGAAAGACUUCAAAUUGAUGAACAGCUUCGUCAAAUUGGUAUGGGUUUCCGACCAUCUUCAAGCCGUGGCACAGAGAAGGAAAAGGGUUACGCAACUGAUGAAAGUACUGCCUCAUCUGUACGUGGAAGCAGGUCCUACAGUGGAAGGGGCCGAGGUCGUAGAGGACCCAAUUACACAUCUGGUUAUGGUACAAAUUCAGAACUGUCCAAUCCCUCUGAAACUGAAUCAGAAAGAAAAGAUGAACUGAGUGACUGGUCUCUAGCUGGUGAAGAUGAAAGAGAAAAUCGUCAACAGAGAGACAGUCGAAGGCGCCCUGGAGGGAGAGGCCGUAGUGGAUCUGCAGGACGAGGACGUGGAGGAUCCAGGGGUGGCAAAUCUUCCAUUAGCUCUGUGCUAAAGGAUCCAGACAGUAACCCUUACAGCUUACUUGAUAACACUGAGUCAGAUCAAACAGUCGAUACAGAUGCAAGUGAAUCUCACCAUAGCACUAACCGCAGAAGGCGAUCACGGAGGAGGAGGACUGAUGAAGAUGCUUCUCUGAUGGAUGGAAUGACGGAGUCUGAUAAUGCUUCUGUCAAUGAAAAUGGCUUGGAUGAUAGUGAACAAAAACCCCAGCGACGCAAUCGUAGCCGCAGGCGUCGCUUCAGGGGUCAGGCAGAAGAUAGACAGCCAGUCACAGUAGCAGACUAUAUCUCAAGGGCAGAGUCUCAGAGCAGACAGAGAAGCCUCCCUAAAGAAGCACUGGCUAAAGGCAAGAAAGAAAAGGUAAAGGAUGUGAUUGAAGAACAUGGACCUUCGGAAAAGGUCACAAAUGGACCACGGGGGUCCAAUGGUGACAGUUCUUCAAAGUCACUGACAACAACCCCUGAAAGGAACGCUGCAAGCUGUCAAGAUGGGAGCAAACAAGAAGCCAUACUGAAUGGGGUGUCCUAAAUGGAGUGUCCUAGUUUACAGUUCCUUUACAUUACAUUUUACAAUAGUGCUUGUACAAGCUUGCCAAAGAUAGAUUAAGGAUCGCCAGUCUUUACACCACACUUUCAGUUCCUCCAUUUGGAAUAAAGAAAGGGGAGGGAUCCUGAUAAACAUGUUAAACAUAAGUUGAUACCUACUGUGUUCUAAAUACAUCAUCAGAUGUGCCUUGAGAUAGUAUACGAAACAUUAAAGAAAAAAAAAAAGAAAAAGUGCUGGCUAUAGGAAAUGUUUUGUUUCAAAUAUGGCAUUGAAUGGGGGGAUGCUGCAUAAUAUUUGUUCUGAAAGCAUUAGCUGCUUUUGUUACAUUUUUAAUAAUAUGCAACCACUUCUUCACCUGAGGAAAACUAGAAAAUGCAGUCUAAAAGUAUUUUGCACUGAACUGUAACUUCUCCAUUGGUUAGGUCUGGAAACUGGUCGUUUUAAUACGUGUUUUUUUUUUUUUUUUUUUUUUUUAUUAAAAAAAUAAAGUUGUAUGGAAGAAAAAAAACUGCAGACCACUGGAACACAAAUAUUCAUCUGCAGCUAUUGGCAGUGACUGUUCUUCAUUGGAGCUUUGUUUGGUUUAUUUAUUAAACUGUACAGUAUUUAAAAUCAAACAUUGCUAUAAACACUAAACCGAAAGUAGUCAUGUCCACAAAGGCAUAAUCCUAACUACUGAAAAGAUCAAUUUCCAGAAUGUUUCUCCUGUAUAAAAACUGCAUAUGUUAGUCCUUAGUAUGGUAUUUUUAUUUUUGUUUUGGUUGUUUGAUGUGCAAUAUGUUUUUGUAUGCAGGUAGUAAAAACAAAACAAAAAAACACAAAAAAUAAACUUUGAUCUUCCA